AUGGCGCUCUUCGUGGACUGUGUGCGCAUCGCGGUCGCCGUCACGACCCUCAAGCUGCUGCUCAUCCCCACCUACCGAUCGACGGACUUUGAGGUCCACAGGAAUUGGCUGGCCAUCACGCACUCGCUGCCCGUCUCCCAGUGGUACUUUGAAGAGACCUCGGAAUGGACACUGGACUACCCACCUCUGUUUGCUUGGUUCGAAGCUGCCCUGGCAAAGGCUGCGCAAUAUGUGGACCCCGACAUGCUGAUUGUAUCCAAUCUGAACUAUGCAUCUCCUGCAACCAUCAUUUUUCAGCGUCUGACCGUGAUUGUGUCAGAUAUGGUGCUCAUCACAGCAGCAUAUAAGGGCGCAAC